CACGCGCAGGACGGCCCGCACCUGCCGGGGGAACCUCGCCUACCACUCCGCCGUCUACGGCAUCGAAGACCUCAUGAUUCAGAACAACUGCACCAAGGAAGGUUCCACCUCCCCGCCGCAGCCUCCAGUGCUGGCGCCCACCCCAGAGGGCUUUGCCACCUUAGACAUCUGCGAUUACGAGAAGAGCUUCGCCCGCAAGCACGGCCAAUCCCCAGCCUUCCGGCACUGCACGACUUUUGGGAACCUGCACGUCCGGACGUUUGCGGACGAGUUCCACACCUGCCAGUUGGAGGGCUCUUGGCCGCUCCUGGACAACGAGAACCUGUUUGUGCAGGCCACCAAUUCUCCUGUAGGGAAAGCGUGGAAGGCUACAGCCACCAGAAAGUUGACCAUCAUCUUCAAGAACAUGGAAGAGUGCAUUGAUGAGAAGGUCUACCAGGCUGAAACCGAUAACCUGCCCGCCGCUUUCAUAGAUGGUUCAGUGAACGGUGGCGAGAGACCCGGAGGGAGCAGCUUGACCUUCCAUGAGCACACACCGGGACAACAUGUGGAGAUACGAGCGGCAUACAUCGGCACCAUCAUUUCCGUGCGCCAAGCAGCCGGACGCCUGUCGUUCUCCAUCCGGAUGGCCGAGGAGGUGGCCUCCUCCUUCACGGAGGAACAAGACCUGCAGCUGUGCGUCUUCGGGUGCCCGGCGGCUCAACGCAUCCCUCGAAGCCACGGCUGGCCUCGCCUCGGCAACAUCACCAGAGAGAAGGCCCGUCUGCUGUGCAGGAAGAAGCUGCCGGUGGAGGACGCCUACUUCCAGUCCUGUGUCUUCGACGUGGUGACUUCCAGCAAUGCCGACUUGACCCAGCCGGCACACGACGCCCUGGAAGAUGGGAAAGCCUUCCUCCUGGAUGCCCAGAAACUUCACAUUUUCCAAAAUGAGGGGGCCUCGUUUCUUCACGGUUCCUCCCUCUGGCUGUUAGCACCUGUCAUUUCAUGGCUUCAGUUGCGCUUCUAAACCUCUUCCUGGGGUGGCUGAGACUUAGAUUUUGUAUGUCAGGGAGGUCAAG